UAAACAAUGGUGAUCGAGGAAGCACGCCAUUGACCAGCAGUUACAUUUAGCAAGCUAGUAUCCAUACUAGUUCGUCCUCAUUUGCUCCGUGUCGGCAGCCUCAUCCCUCCUGCAACCUCGAGCUCCUCUACCACAGCCAGUGGCGAGCUCAUGGCUGACAAUACCAGAUCGGACCGAAAACCUAGCCUUCUAGGAGGCGACGACCGGCCGGCUCACACCAGAGACGAGGCCAUGUUCCUGGACCUGGAGGUGCCCCACGAAGCCGAGCUCUCCUGGGUGGACCGAGGAUUGCUCUCUGCUCUGGGGGUGCCUCUCGAAAAUACUCCGCCAACUGACCCGGCUGGUGGUGAAUUGGCUGUUGGUUUAACUGGAGACUUGUAUUACAUACCAUCUGGAACACCAGAGAAGUUGGACAACUCUCUGGGGGACCAACUUUGGAGUCGUAUGGGGUGGGAUGAACAAGAUUCCGUCGUCAAUGUCGAGAAAAAACAGGAUUCAGAUGAUGAUACUCCCCUCGGAUAAUUUCCAAGUAUAUUGUUUUAUUUAUAUGAUGUGCAGCCAAUACAUAAAUUAUAUAAUAAAUCCCUUCUCAGCAUUUGAUAGCGGUCUUUCUCCAGUUGCUUGCCUAAUUCACGCCCUACUUCUUCAUCAGUUUCUUUAGAGUUGCCAGCUGUAAUAUGGGGGAAAAUGUUCAGCAGAGAUGAAUUACGGAGAACUAGUAAUAUGUACUAGAAACUAGUGACCUUGUUCAUGUUUAUUCAUGCAUCAGAAUGUAACAAGUUAUCUGGAAAAACCAAGAAGAAACUGUGGUGCUGAUACUCGCUCAUAAGAAAUCAAAUGGUUGUUGAGUUUGCAUGCU